UUGUCAGAGUGGCAAGAUGGCUACUGAACCAAAUAAGACUGAGAUCCUUACCAUUUUCAAAAGAUUAAGAUCUAUUCCUACAAACAAGGUGUGUUUUGACUGUGCGGCUAAAAACCCUAGCUGGGCCAGCAUCUCCUACGGUGUGUUUUUAUGCAUCGACUGCUCUGGCAUCCACCGCUCCCUGGGAGUGCAUCUCAGCUUCAUCAGGUCCACUGAGUUAGACUCCAACUGGAACUGGUUUCAGCUAAGAUGUAUGCAGGUCGGAGGCAAUGCCAACGCGAUGGCAUUCUUCCGCCAGCAUGGCUGCUCCACAAAUGACACCAACGCCAAGUAUAACAGUCGUGCGUCCCAGUUAUACCGUGAGAAGAUUCGGCAGCAAGCUAAUGCUGCAUUGUCCAAAUAUGGCACAGAUCUAUGGAUUGACUCUUCUACAGCAAGCACACCUUCAGCUCCUGAGAAGAAAGAGACAGACUUCUUUGCAGAACACACACAGGGUGCUAAUGACUGGUGCAUGGCGCCGCCCUCUGAGCCAGAGCUGAAUGGAGCUGCUGUCACCUCGCAGCUGACGGACCCAACGGCCAAAGUCCAGGAUGACAUCCAUCCGGAGGAAGGACCCAGCAUCGAAGGUCUGAGCUCGUCCCCCAAAGCCUCCAUCGAGGACACCAUGCGUUUGUCCUCAGAGGAAGGACGGCUACUUAAAGAUGUGAGACCUUCCAUUAUUGGGAAAAAGAAGCCCAUGGCUGCCAAAAAAGGGCUCGGUGCCAAGAAAGGUCUCGGUGCCCAGAAGGUGAGCAGUAAGAGUUUCACGGAGGUGGAGAAGCAGGCGCAAGUGGCGGAGAAGAUGAGAGAAGUGCAGGCUGUGGAGGUGAAGAAAAGUGCAGAGGAGUCCAUCGUGGCUUCGAUGCGUCUGGCCUACAAAGAGCUGGAGAUCGACCGGAAGAUGGAGGAAAAGAAGAUGAACACACUGGAGGGCAAAAAGAGGGAGCAGGCGGAGAGGCUGGGCAUGGGCUUCGGCAACAGGAGCGCUGUGUCUCACUCGGUGAUGUCAGAGAUGCAGACGAUCGAGCAGGAGACUCCAGUGGGGGCCAAGUCCUCCUCUCGCUCCAAACUGGACAUGUUUGAUGAGCCGGGCUUCACCUCGGGACCCCCAAAAUAUAAGGACAACCCGUUUACAGUUGGAGACAGUUUUGGAUCGCGGUGGGAUACAGAGGGAGGGACUGCCUCCUUCACCACCUCCUGGGCUCUGGAGAAAGAGGACCCCAAAGAGGAGGUCACCAUCUCUAGUAUUCAGCCAAUCGGAGAGAGACUUCCCAGCAGAAGGAAAGCGGAGGUGUCCGCUCCAGUGUCAGAGUCCAGUGAGGCCCGAAAUAAGUUUGCAAACGCAAAGGCCAUCUCUUCCGACAUGUUCUUCGGCCGCGAGAGCACUGCAGAUUAUGAUGCCAAGACCAGACUGGACACCAUGUCUGGAAGCACCUCCAUCAGUUCAGCUGACCUGUUUGGAGAAGCCAGUGACCAUAAAGGGAGGGGAGCGGGCUACGACGGUGUGCUGCCCGCCGGCCCGGACAUCGCUCAGUUCAAACAGGGCGUGAAGACUGUCGCAGGCAAGAUGGCCGUCCUGGCCAACGGUGUCAUGAAUACCAUCCAGGAUCGUUACGGCUCCUACUGAUUCGGGAUGAGCACCAAGCUGUGGGAAGACAUACCAACUGACGCCUGUGAAGAGCCCCCCCCGCCUCCUGACUGACACAUGCAUUUGGGCGGAGUAAAUGGGACGAUAGAGAGACGGGAAGCAGGAAGGAUUGCAUGGGGAUAAUAAAUCAUCCUUCUCUCCCGGUCUCUUCUAGAGACAUUUUUUACAGGAGUGAGACCGUAUUUUCUUCUCUCAUUCUCAUUAGCUUGAAUUUUAUUUUCCUAAAGGAAACCAUCAAAGGGUGUAGUUUUUUCUAAACUGAGAGAUAUGUUGUAAUUUAAUGUUGUUGUGUUUUGGUCUUUAGUUUUCAAAAUGACGUCAGAGUUAACUCUUCUAUAUUUUAUUCCUUAAACAAAAAUCAAAGUAUUGUUUUUGAUUUAUAUUAUCGAAUACUUCAUUCUUCUGUCUUUUCUUUUAUUGUUAUAUUAAUACACAAGUGCAGUAUAUAAGUUAAACCGUCAGCGUUAAUUUGAACAAAAAUCCACAAUGUGUGCAUUCAGUGUUUGAUUUACUUACAGUACAGUUUAUCCACAGGUUAUUUCUAUUCAUAAACGGAGCACUGAAUGACCAUUUUAGACGGUUUGUUUAGAGAUUGGAAUUAUGCAUUUCUGUUGGGUGAGAGUGUAUAUUGUGAAACAGUGGAGCAUCCCAUAUUUGAUGUCCUGGUUGCUAUUAGUCUACUUAGCAGCACUGGGAAACCCGGAAAUGUCUAUUAUGGGUCCCCGGCAUUUAGUAACUGUCAGAUAACUUGCAUAUGUUGGGCAUUUUAAACUAUUUGCAUAAAUUGCGUUAAUGAGCAUUCAUUAGUGGAUUCUGCACAAACUGACUGGCCAAGGCGGGAGUUGCGUGGCAACCAUUCACUGUAGGGAACUGAAAAUUAUUACCUCAACUGUGGACAAUAUUUACAAAUAUAUAUAAGCAGUCUGUCAAAGACAAAAUUCCAGCGUCCUCCAAAACUACAGAAUUCAUCAAAAUCGACCCAAUGUGUCAGGAGUACCAAUAUGGCCACUAUCUGGUCAUUUUGGAAAAUAUCAGAAAUGGAUUCAGCAUCCUCAAUAACCCCCAAGCCCUUUUUGAACUAUGAUCCAUAUAGGCUAUAAUGCAACUUAUGCUAAGUGGGAGCCUUACUAUACAUUUCUUUAGGGUACUCCACAAAAGGACUCUAUGAUCUGGAAAGUAGACUAUAUGUUUAUUUAGUAUCUAUACUUGUAAUACCCUGUGAACAAUACAUCGUGUUCUAACAAACCUAAGAGGCCGUGCAGGGGGAUUGGAGGGGAUGAAACCCAAUCAGUAAUGGUACAACAAAUAAGUCUAAUUUAAAGUAUGUAGAUAAGAUGUAAAGUCAUGAAACACUGAUAUCAUUUUAAGACCUGGAACUUGUUUCAAGUUGAAUCUGAAGUCUGCCCUAAUGUACCUUUAACUCUGAAACAUUCGGACAUUUCUUUCUUCUCACUUUAACCUUUAUUUUUGAAAGGCUGACAUCUUCGACAUUAGCUGUUCCGUUUUGGACCUAUGAAAAAUAAAAAUGCAUUUGACAUUCAGGAUGUAGAGACAAAACCAUGCCUUAUUUGGCAGAUAACCUCCAUUGACAUCUUAUUGAAAUGCAGUUAACCUCAAAGCUAAACAUCUUCAUCCCCCCGGCAGACUUGACAUUCAACAAGUUAUUAAAAGAACUGUAGACGAGGAACCAGUUUGAAAAGCUCUUUGUGUCAUAUUUUCCCUAGCGUGGCCAUGCUUGUGUACGUUCCAACCCGUGAUAAAACUCCAAAAAAGUAACAAAUGUGGACUGAAAGGAUGAAACAUUCAACUAUUUAUUUGUAGACUACAAAAAGAUACGUAUUCAGUAUGUUAAUAAAGAUUUUAAACAUCU